UUCAAGGUGUUAAUAUGGCAACAAGUUAACAACAUGUUUAAAGCAACAAGAUUAAGAUAUUUAGAGUUUUAUUUCUUCUAAUUCCGUCAAAUUUGGAGUAUUGCAGUGUUUCCAGAUCCCUGGAGAACAUCUAGAUUACGUCACACUAGACCCUCGACAAAUGCUGCUGCGUCAAACUUGAUCCAGACAGGGUAAAGGACAGUACUAUUUUCUGCUGACGUGCUGGUACAUUCCAGGCAAACUCAGCAGACAAGCCAGUACAUUUCUGGCGUAGCAGAUAAGCCGGUACAAUAAGCCCCGUACAUUCCAAGCAAACACUCAGCAGACAAGCCGGUACAUUCAAAGCAAACAUAGCAGACAAGCCGGUACAUUCCAGACAAACAUAGCAGACAAGCCGGAAUAUUCCUGACAAACUGAGCAGACAAGCAGGUUCAUUUCUGGAAAAUUCAGCAGAAAAGUCGGUGCUUCCUGGAAAAUUCAGCAGAAAAACCGGUGCUUUCUGAAAAAUUCAGCAGAAAAACCAGUGCUUCCUGCAAAAUUCAGCAGAAAAGCCGGUGCUUCCUCGAAAAUUCAGCAGAAAAGCCGGUGCUUCCAGGAAAAUUCAGCAGAAUAGCUGCUGCUUCCCGGAAAGUUCAGAAAAGAAGCCAGUACAUUUCUGAUAAAUUCAACAAACAAGCCAGUAAAUUACUGUCAAACUCAGCUGAUAAGCUGGUAAUUUCCUGGUUAAUUCAGCUAACAAAGGCCGUACAUUCCAGAAAAACUCAUCAGACAAAGCGGUACGGUACACUCCUGGCACAUCCUUUAGGCGAGCCUGUACAGUGAGCUAAAAGUGAAAAGGUGAAGAAGUGGAAAAAUGUAUUGAUUUCAGUGAGCUCUGCAGAAAAAAAGAAAACUGAAAAAUUAAAAAUGGAUUUAACUCCGUUCUCUAGAACCUGGUUUACUCUAAGUUUUCUAGUUCUAUCUCUUCAUAGAUCCACUGCAGGUGAGGAUUCAUCAACCAGUUUAACAGUAGAAUCAUCUACUUCAUCUGAUGGUUUCGCCGAGGAGAGCACUGUCUCCGAGGUACCCUUGAGCUCCGUGUCUCCCGGGUACCCUGAGCUACGAAACCUCUCCGCCCCCCUGGGCUCCUCGAUCCAUCUCCCCUGUCCUGUUAAACUUCAUCAAGGAUUUAUUCGAGCUACAGCAUAUCCCAGGGUAUCCUGGAUAAGAAGAAAAGACUGGCAUAUUCUUACUGUUGGAAGAAAAGAAUACACAUCAGACCAAAGGUUUAGAGUAGUGCACCGUGAGGGUAGUUUGGAUUGGCUACUUCAGAUCAAAUAUCUACAGAGUAGAGACUCAGGACUGUAUGAAUGUCAGGUAACCAUGGGUUCCCUGACUACCCGUCACCUGGUGAACCUUGAAGUACUAGAAGCUGAAGCUGAACUGGAUGGUGGUGCUGAGCGCCACCUUGAGGAGGGGAGUAGUAUACUGCUAGUGUGUAGAGUACAUACAUCUAUACCUCCUCCUGCAUAUGUAUUCUGGUAUAAGGAGAACCAGAUGGUUAACUACGAUCACACAAACAGGUUGAGUGUAUCUGUAGACCACCUGGAGAAGGGUAUGACUGAAGCUAAACUACAGAUAAACUCAGCUACUAUACUAGACAGUGGAAACUAUACUUGCAGUCCAGCAAAUAGUAAACCUGCUCAUGUUUCAGUGUUUGUAAAUAAAGGGGAUAAGAUGCAACCUAGAAAAAGCAAG